AUGCGUAUGAAUUCCCUCUUUUACGCCUUUUUUUGUUUAAUGGUAUUCCAUUUAAACAUUUUUUACAAGGGAACAAGGGUUAACUACGUUUCUGCCUACAUCAGCUCCAUCCACAAGUACACGAAUUACGGCAACGUAGGAAGUAACAUAGGAAACAACGAAGGCAAUAACGGAGGCCAUAAUAACCCUAAUAAGAUCGACAAUCACAAAAUAAGCGCCAACGAAACAUCUAACAGAUCAGCUGCCUCAUACUUCAAGAAAAAGUUCCCACAAAUUUAUCAGCAGAACGGUGCAAGCGUCCCCAGCGCGGUGGGAGAUUCUACACAGACUAGCGAGAAGAAGGAAUUUGAGAGAACCUCGCAACUGCAGCAGGAGGCAGAGGAACCUAGGCAACAGCUACAAGAAAGUGACAAUCUUGAAGAAGAUAAAGACAACAUGGCAGCUCCCAUAGAAGAGAGACUUGCAAACCUGAAGAAGGUGAUGCAAGAAAAUAACAUCGAUGUGUACAUCCUAAUAAAUAGCGAUGAACACAAUUCAGAAAUAAUAAACGACAAGGACAAGAAAAUAUAUUUCCUGAGCAACUACAGUGGAGCUGACGGUAUCCUAAUACUCACCAAGGACAAGCAAAUUCUAUACGUGAAUGCACUGUACGAAUUACAAGCAAACAAAGAAUUAAACCACGACAUCUUCACCUUACGAGUUAGCAGAAUUACCAACCGAGAUGAAAUAUACGAAACAAUUGCAUCCCUUGAAUUUAACAAUAUUGCUGUGGAUGGAAAAAACACCAGUGUCAAUUUUUAUGAAAAACUAAAGGGAAAAAUAGAGUCCACUUAUCCAGAAAAAAAAGUGGAAGAAAAAGUUAUUUACGGAAAAAAUAUGAACCAAAUUGAAAAAAAUGAAAAUAUAAACUUCCUAAUUUUAGAAAAAUCCUUAGUAGAAUUAAAACAAAAUGAAGUGAAUAACAAGCAGGUCUUUAUACAUGACAGAUUAUAUAACGGUGCAUGUGCAGGACAGAAAUUAGAAAAAUUUAGACAAGCAUUUUCCUUCGACAAGAAAAAUGUCGAUAAAAUAUUACUCUCAGAGUUAGACGAGAUUGCUUAUAUUUUAAACCUACGUGGAUUUGACUACACAUUUUCACCUCUGUUCUAUGGAUAUCUCUACUUCGAGUUCAAUAGGGAAAAGGACGAAUUUGGAAAAAUGAUUCUUUUCACUGUAUCGAAGAACCUCUCCCCAAGUUCCAUUAGACACCUCAACACAAUUAAAGUGGAUGUGAAGGAGUACGAAACCGUAGUUGAAUACCUAAGGGACAAUGUCUCGUCGAAAACGAUGGCACUCACCAAGGCAGGCAAUGAAACAAGCGCAGUUCAUACGAACCUCUCCGAAGAAUUUGAUUCUCAGAAAAAAUACGAAAUUUCCUUAAGCCCAUAUAUCAACCUAAUGAUAUAUAUGCUUUUUAAUAAAGAAAAAAUAUUGCUGGAAAAAUCUCCCGUUGUUGACUUAAAGGCAGUUAAGAACGACGUCGAAAUAGAUAACAUGAAAGAGGCACAUGUGCUAGAUGCAUUGGCACUUUUACAAUUUUUUCACUGGUGUGAUGAGAAGAGAAAAACUAAAGAGUUAUUUAACGAAACAGAAAUGUCCUUAAAAAAUAAAGUAGAUUAUUUCAGAUCCACCAAAUCAAACUUUAUCUCCCCUUCCUUUGCAACCAUUUCGGCCAGCGGACCAAAUGCUGCAGUUAUUCACUACGAAGUUACUGAAUCUACAAAUUCGAAAAUCACGCCAAGUAUAUAUCUCCUUGAUUCAGGAGGACAAUACUUACACGGAACCACAGAUGUAACUAGAACCACACACUUUGGAGAACCCACAGCGGAAGAAAAGAAAAUCUACACCCUAGUACUUAAAGGACACCUACAUUUAAGGAAGGUUAUAUUUGCCAGCUACACGAAUUCUAUGGCCCUAGAUUUUAUUGCACGAGAAAAUUUAUUCAAACACUUCCUUGAUUAUAAUCAUGGAACUGGACAUGGAGUAGGAUUAUUCUUAAAUGUCCAUGAAGGUGGAUGCUCCAUAGGACCAACAGCUGGCACUCCACUGAAACCUUAUAUGGUACUUUCGAACGAACCCGGAUUCUACCUUGAAAAUAAAUUUGGUGUCAGAAUCGAAAACAUGCAAUUUGUAAUUAGCAAGAAGAAAACAGACAACACAGAGUUCUACUCCUUCGAAGAUUUAACUCUCUAUCCGUAUGAAAAGAAAUUACUUGAUUAUUCUAUAUUGACGACUGAAGAAAUUAAGGACAUCAAUGAAUACCACGACAACAUUAGGAAAACACUCCUCCCCCGAUUGAAGAAGAACCCCUCUGAAUACGGAGAAGGAGUAGUCAAGUACCUCAUGGAUAUCACCCAACCGAUUUCGAUCAACUAG